CCCACCGAAGAAGAAGACGACGCGAGACUUCCCCUCUCUCCCUUCCAGAAAAUUCAGCGUGACUGACGUUUCGUGUCUCUAUAGACUUAAAAAUGCGUUACGUGGCCGCUUACCUCCUGGCUGUGCUCGGUGGCAACACCAGCCCCUCCUCAAAGGACAUCAAGACCAUCCUGGGGAGUGUUGGAAUCGAGGCCGAAGCUGAGCGCCUAGACAAGGUUGUCAAUGAAUUAAAUGUAAAAGACAUCAACGAAGUCAUGAACGCUGGCCUCUCUAAGUUGGCCUCCGUGCCAGCAGGUAGUGCUGUGGCAGCUCCUGCAGCUGGCGCUGGAGCUGGCACUGCUCCUGUUGCUGCGGAAGAGAAAAAGGAGGAGAAGAAAGAGGAAUCUGAAGAGGGAUCUGAUGACGACAUGGGAUUCGGCCUCUUUGAUUAAUUUUUCUUCCGUGAGAAGUGAAAAAACAAUAAAAUUUGAAAUUGUUACCAGAAA